AUGCCCGCCGCCCUUCGGCUGCUCUGUGGGGUGGUGGUGCCGGCUGCCAUGCUCUGCGCAGAGCCCCUGCCCCGCGUCGCCUUCCCCAGCGGGGACCCCCGGAGGACCCUCACCCACUUCAGCCAGGAUAACGUCUCCCAUUACGACGUCCUCCUGCUGGAUGAGAGCAAGGACGAGCUGUACGUGGGGGCACGCGACUGGGUGCUGGCCCUCACUGUUGGCACCCCUGGCAGCAUCCGUGCCAAAGCCUCGAUAAUGUGGGGACCCACAGACGAGAAAACCUCUGAAUGUGCUUUUAAGAAGAAGAGCCAAGAGACUGAGUGCUUCAACUUCAUCCGAGUCCUGGUGGCCCUGAACCAGACCCACCUCUACGUCUGUGGGACCUAUGCCUUCAGCCCCGCAUGCACCUACAUUGACGUGGAAAACUUCACAUUGGUGCCCAGUGGCAGAGGACCCUUCCUGGAUGGGAAGGGCCAGUGUCCCUUUGAUCCCCAGCACAGCUACACGGCCCUGCUGGUGGAUGGAGAGCUCUACGCCGGCACCAUGAACAACUUCCUGGGCAACGAGCCCAUCAUCUCCCGCUCGCUGGGCACCCGCACCCUGCUCAAGACAGACGCCUUCCUGCGCUGGCUCUCGGCCGACGCUGCCUUCGUGGCCUCCUUCAGCAUACCUGGGGACGACAAGGUCUACUUCUUCUUCGAGGAGACAGCGGACGAGUUCGACUUCUUUGAGCGGCUCCUGGUGCCACGGGUGGCCCGUGUCUGCAAGAGCGAUGUAGGGGGGGACAAGGUGCUGCAGAAGAAGUGGACAACUUUCCUGAAGGCGCAGCUGGUGUGCUCCCAGGCUGGCCACUUCCCCUUCAACGUCAUCCACCACGCCUUUGCCCUGCUCCGCCACGACGGCCGUGCUGACUUCUACGCCGUCUUCACCUCGCAGUGGCAGGCAGGCAGGGCGGGCAGCGCCGCCGUCUGUGCCUACAGCCAGGAGGAUCUGGAGAAGGUCUUCAAGGGCAAGUACAAGGAGCUGAACAAGGAGAGCUCUCGCUGGACUGUCUACAGUGGCCCUGACAUGAUUCCCCGGCCUGGCAGCUGCUCCAUGGGUCCCUCCUCAGACAAAGCCCUCAGCUUCAUGAAGGACCAUUUCCUGAUGGAUGGGAAGGUGUCACCCAUCCAGGGGCGGCCUCUCCUGGUGAAGUCGGACGUCACCUACACACACAUCACAGUGGAUGAGACUCGUGGGGUCUCGGGGACCAUGUAUCGUGUCAUGUUCCUGGCCACAGCUGAGGGUUUCCUGCACAAGGUAGUGGAGCUGCCUGAGGGUCCCCACAUUGUGGAGAGCAUCCAGCUCUUUGCAAUGCCAGAGCCAGUGAAGAACCUGCUGCUGGCCUCAGGGAAGGGCGUCCUCUACGUGGGUUACUCCAGAGGUGUCCUGCAGAUCCCGCUGGCCAACUGCAGCUUGCACCAGAGCUGCGCCGAGUGCGUGCUGGCACGGGACCCUUACUGCGCCUGGCACAGCCUGGAGGGCUCCUGCCAGCCUGCCCACCUCGCCACCGAGGACGGGAGUGCGUGGCUGCAGGAUGUUGAGACAGGGAGCCCGGACACCGCGUGCCACCGUGGGAGGAGUGCAGCCGCACCCCGAUCCCGGGGGGCACCAGAGGAUCCCACCGUACAGGGGCUCAGCCCCAAGCUGAACACCGUGGUCCAGCUGCCGUGCCCCCGCCAUUCUGCACUGGCCACCUACAGCUGGCAUCAGCCCAGCAGUGCCCGGGGGCACACGGUGCUGCUGCCUGACCACACGCUGGUGGUCAUCAUGCAGCAGGGAAUGGCCGGCACCUACAAGUGCCAGGCCACAGAGAAUGGCUACACCUGGACCGUGGCUCACUACCAGCUCAGGGACUCUGGUGGGGAAGCCCUGGGGGCUGGGCUGGGUGAGGAGGCCUGGGAGUCCUCAAGCUCAGGCAGCCGCCGCUCGUACUGGCCAGGGUUUGUCACGGUGACGGUGCUGCUGGCGGUGACGCUGACCGUGGCUGCCUGCCUGGCCCUCCUCGCCUACCGUGACCAGCUCAAGGCUCGGAGCAAGGUGCGGGGCUGCAGCAUGCCCCACAGCCCCCCAUCUCGCCAUCGGGAGAAGGUGCCCCUCAAUGGGGGCACCAGAGAGCCCCCAGCACCUGGAGCUGCCACCGAGGAGGAGGAGGAGGAUGAAAGCUCCCGCGCUUGCUGCCUCCAGCUUGAUGGGGACAUCGACGCUGACAACAACCGACUCCACGUGCCAGCAGGGGACAUGGCAUGA